CUGCUGCCCCGCCGGUGGGAGAACCAAAGGGCUGUACAUGGCGGUGGAGAGAACAACCUGGCUGUUCUGUCUUCUUGCGCUGUUUUGUGGUCUCUCCAAGCAAGCAAAGCCUGUUUCGGUGGAGCUGAGCUGCGGGGCCGGGCCCAGCCAUGUAGUGUUGGAGUCGGGUCUGCCCCUGUUGCUGGACUGCAACCUUGGGGCAAGCGAUACGCCUUUCAACAUCACCUGGAUUAAGGAUGGCCAGCCGCUGCCUUUGGAGGGGGGGGAAUUCCUGCAGCAUUUGGCCAACGGAUCCCUCCUGCUGCUGCCGACCUCUAAGGACGGCCGGCCUCCUCGGGGCGUGGAGGGGGGCUACAGCUGCGUGAGCGGCAGCGCCCUCGGAGCCCUGACCAGCCGGACUGUGAAUGUUCUCCUAGCAAGUCUGUCAAAGUUACACCAGGAGCCGUCCCCUCAAACGGUGGCGGUUGGGGGAGCGGCUCGCUUUGGGUGCCAGAUUGAGGGAGUACCCACACCUGUUAUUACCUGGGAAAAGGACACAGUGGCUGUCCCCGAGGAGACAAGGUUCAUUUCCCUUCUUAACGGUGUGCUCCAGAUUCUGGAGGUGACAAAGGAGGAUGAGGGUGCCUACCGCUGUGUCGCGUCCAACUCCGCCAGGAGAGAGAUCUCUCAUGCAGCCAGGCUCACUGUCACCACAGACUCUACUGAAGCCCUGAAUGGAGUUGCCAUUGUUUCCCCCCCUCAGAAUGCAACAGUGGUGCUGGGCCGUCCCGCUGUGAUGGAGUGCAUGGCACAAGGCCAGCCGAAGCCACUGGUGUCCUGGAGCAGACAAGACGGAAAGCCCAUUUCCACUGAUGUGGUUGUCCUCGCAACCAACCUGGUGAUUAGGGACACGAGGCGUCACCACGCGGGCAUCUAUGUGUGCCGGGCCAACAAGCCCAAGACCAGAGAAUUCAUCAAUGCUGCUGCUGAGCUGCAUGUGCCCGCCCCUCCAGUGAUUCUCCAGCCCCCGGAGACAGUGUCCCUCUCCCGGGGAAACACAGCCAGGUUUGUGUGCAACAGCACUGGAGAGCCUCCCCCAGUGCUGCACUGGCUUAAGGACGGUCAGCCCAUCAAGUCGUUUCGACGAGUGAAAACCCAAAGCCCCGGAGUCCUGCUCAUCAACCAGCUAGCACUGGAGGACGAGGGCUACUACCAGUGCAUCGCGGACAACGGACUGGGCACGGCGUGUGCCACCGCCAAGCUGACGGUCAUUGUGAGGGAAGGUCUGCCCAGCCCUCCUCGCCACCUGUCCGCCACGCCCUCCAGCACCACCGCCCUGCUCACCUGGGAGAAACCCGAGUACAACGCGGACCAAAUCAUCGGCUACUCCGUGCACUGCCAGCGGGCCGCGGGCUCGGAUAACGAGGAGUACCAGUUUGCAAUGAACAACGACACCACAGAAUAUCACGUUAAAGAGCUUCUCCCCCACACUGCCUACUCAUUCUUUGUGGUGGCUUACUCUCCCAUGGGUGCCAGUCGGCCCUCCCUGCCAGUCACUGUAGAGAUGCUCGAGGAUGUACCAAGUGCGCCUCCUCAGCUGUCUAUAGUCAGCACCUCCCCCACAGACAUCAGGCUGAUGUGGCAUCCGUUGUCCUCGCAGCACAGCAGAGGGUCUGUUACCCGCUAUCGCAUUGAGUACAGCACUCUGGAUCAGGUGGACACUGUGUUCUCUGUGGAAGUCAGGGGCAAUGAGACUCAGUUCACACUAAAAGAGCUGCAGCCCAACCAGGCGUACCGACUGAGGAUAGCAGCUGGGACAGGCGUUGGCUUCGGGGUUCCCUCUGAGUGGGCUCAGCACCAAACAUUCGCCCACUACGGCUACAGCAACCACAGCGCGGUGAUUUUUGCCCCCACUGAGCUGAAAGUCAGAGCCAGAGUGAACACACUCAAUGUCACAUGGCAUCCCUCGCCAAAUCACACAGCGGCGUCUGGCUACAAGCUGUCAUGUCGAGAGGCGGAGGCCGAUGCGUCAGACAAUGGAGAAAAGGCGGCACAGACGCACACCAUAAGGCUGCGUAAGAAGGCCAGGUAUCAUCUCCUCACGGGGCUUGUCCCUGAUCGGCAGUAUGAGGUAAGGGUUUGGGCAUUCAACAAGCAAUUAGACGGAGCAGCUGCAGUGUGGAAAGGAAGGACGGACAAAACCCUCGACAGAGUGUCGCCAUGGUUGCCGCCCAUGCGGCCCCCUCCGUUGCCCCCGAGCAGCAUCCAGGCGGUGGCCAACAGCUCCACCUCCAUCUGGCUGCGCUGGGAGAAGCCACGGUUCAGCACCGUGCGCAUCAUCAACUACACGGUGCGCUGCAGUCCAGCGAGAACCACCAACGCCUCCCUGGUUUCCUACUACACCAGCUCUGCUCAGGAGCUGCUGCUCGGAGCGCUGAGGCCCUUCACCCGCUAUGAAAUAGCGGUGCAGUCAAAUGGAGUGGACGUGGUGGGACCCUUCAGCGGCACAGUGGAGGAGUCGACCUUGUCCGACCGGCCGUCCACGCCUCCCGAGGAGCUGCAGCUGAGCGCCCUGGACUCCUCUUCUGUGAUGGCGAGCUGGCGCCCCCCGCUGGAGCCUAACGGCAUCAUCACCAGCUACAAGAUCCUGUUCAGCAGCAACCUCAGCCACCCGGAGCACAUGUGGGAAAACCUCUCUCAGGACGGGAGCAUCACCAGUGUGGAAGUCCAGGGUUUGUCCAGCGGCACUCAUUACUUUUUUAAGCUGGGAGCGUCAACUGAGGUGGGGCCAGGGCCCUUUUCACCUGUAAAGGAUGUUUACACCCCACUUCAGAAUUAUGAGCUGGACAUCCACGCGGUGACAGGCAUCAUAGUUGGUGUAUGCCUGGGACUGAUAUGCAUCCUCCUCUGCAUGUGUUUCAGCUUUCGUAACGGCAAACCGAGGGAGGCGUCUAGGGGCCUGGACUCCACAGCUGCGACCCCCCAGUACAGACGAGGAGGCUGCACCGCUUCCUCCAACGUGCCAGAGUGCAGCGACGGCCACGAGCUGGAGACGCUGAUGCCCCGGGGCAUCCCGGAGUCUGGCCCGCUGCCAGAAGAUGCCCCCGAGGAGCAGAGCCUGAUGGCUGCUUGGAAUGGUUCUGUGAGUCAUAACUGGGCCAACAGAAUCACUAGAUACAGAGACACCAUGACAGAAGACUCUCCAACACUCAUUAAUGGAGCUCUCAACAUGCAAAUUAUUGAUAAUUGCACGGACUUGGAAGAUCAUCUUUGUACGUCCGUGUGCAGCAACCAGGUGGAGGCAGAAGUCAUCGUUCACUCGGGGCUGGCAGACCCAGAAAAAGAGAAAGAGGAGGAAGAGGAGGGCAGCGAACGGGAGGAUUCCAACACCACCAGGGGACCCUCAUUAUCAGAGGACGGACAUUCCCCCGUGAGUCAGCCAAACCCGCCAGGCCACGAGGACGUUUUUGAAAAACUAACGCCGGCCCAAGGCCCCGCGAGUCCUCCCUCGAUGAAGCACGGGGCCGAUCACAACCGGGAGCUGCGAGGCACGGCAGACCAGCUGAGCGCGGAUAAAGAACCGCACAGGGACACGGGGCUAACCAAUGGCUUCCACUCCCCAAAAAGCGUGCGCCCUGUACUGAAGUCGGAGCACUUGGAGAACGGGGAGUCCGGGCGCUGCCCUUUGGCACCAGGGAAGGCCGUCUCUGGUAGGAUGUCCUCCGCCCCGUUCGUCAGCUCUGGCCUGGUCCACUCUACCUCAGCAGCACACAGCUACCUGUGCCCGUAGCAGCCGCCCCUACACACACAUACACACACACACACACACACAGGUAUCCGACUGAUUUCUUCUUCUUACCCAGGUAGAAUCCCUAGGGAUUAUUUUAUUAUGCACCUCAUUAUUGGAUUCCUUUCUCUUGGAAAGUUUUUAUACAGUCCUUGAAUUCAUUGUUUCAUAGGGUUGGUAUACAAACCACACAUGGACCGUAUAUUUUUAGAUGUAGAAUACUGUGUAUGGUAAUGCAUUCUCUAGCAAUGCAACCAUAUAUUCCUCUGGGUUUUUCAUCCUGCCUUUGGGAAAGAAAAGAAAGAUUUAACUUAACCGAGCAGAUGGAAGUGGGUUAAAGGAGGCUUUUCCCACUGGGUCGCACGUGGAUUCAUUCCACGACGGAGCUCGGGAAUGUUCGCUGAGGUGAGGGAGACGAGUUGCCAUCAUGGAGGAAUCUGAAACGCGCGCUCCAUAGAUCUCCCUCCGGCUUUGCCGUGCGGAUGCGACUUUUAACGGGGCACUGAUAAUAAGCCUUAAAGAAAACCUGCACACUCUGCAGUGCAGAACACCUGUAUCUCGUAGCAGCCUCCUGCUGUCUCAGGGUCCUCCCGCUAACAGACACACACACACACGCACACACUCAGAAAGCUCUAGUGACACAACGCGGAAACACACAUUUACACAUUCCCAGACUGUAUUGAGGGGGUGCAUUCAUAACCUAUGGAUAUUUCUAUGGAUAUUCAGUGCAAGUACAAAACACCUGUUUCAACUGAAGGAAAAAACACUUCAAAUGUAAAAGGAAAUGUAUACAGAUUUGGUAUUCUUCUGGAAAAUUAAGUAUAUCCAAGUGUUGUGAUUGUUUUUCCUUGCGAGGGUCCCUUAUUGAAAAGUAAGAAAAAACUGGUUCAAUGGUGUAUAUCUUACUUUGCAAUCAAAGUAUUUACGUGUUUAUGUUGGUACUGGUCUGAUUAUGUUGGUGGGAGAAAACGCAUAGGUAGACCACCUCCUAGUUAGGGUUGUACUAAUGUGACACUGUGCCAUUAGUUGUCAUUUAGACCUGUAUGAUCAUUUGCCAAUGUGAACAGCUAGCCAUGUUUUCAAUUUGAUUCAUGCACAACUUGAUUCCAGUUGUAUGAGGUAAUUUUUCAACUAUGCUCUUGCUACAGUGCAAGAAAUCAUAUACGACACAUUUCUGCAUAACUUUUGAUAAAAAAAACACAUUUAAAUAUG